UGGAGCGUGCAGAAGACUUUGGGUGUUUGUUGAGACGCACAGGAGGUGUGUGUGAAGCUGAGGUUUGAGUGGAGCUCCGUGCACACAGACAUCAUGAGCUCAGGCACUCACCGCGCCGGCUAUUCUUUCUGUUCGGAUAUUAUUUCACUGGUGCAGUCGCUUAUCGUGUUUAUGACUACAAUCAGAGGGCUUGGUAGCACGUGGAUAGCAUCUGAGAUCUGUCCACUAGGCCACUUUCCGUGUGGAAAUGUGAGUGUGUGUCUGCCUCAGGUGCUGCACUGUAAUGGCCAAGAGGACUGUCCUAACGGAGCCGACGAGGAGCACUGUGGAGAUAACAGUGGCUGGGCUAAUUUUUUCGACAGGACCGUUCAAAUAUCGGCCCGACGCGAUCUGUCUACAGACUGCUUUCUGCAGCAGUACCCAGAUCCCUGUCAGUGCAUUGAGCUGGAGCUCCAGUGUGUGCGCAUCAGUUUGAAUUCUGUGCCGCAUGUGUCAUCCAAUGUAACGUCCCUGUCUCUUAAGAGCAAUGAGAUUCGAGUAUUACCUGAAAAUGCUUUUAUUCGAUACAAAGAACUUCGAAGACUAUUUCUUCAGGAUAACUGCAUAAUCUCUGUGUCUGAUAAGGCUUUUAAAGGAUUAUUCAAAUUGCAGAAGCUGUCUUUAAGUCAAAACUGCAUCACUUUAUUAAAAAAUGGAGUCUUUGCUGAUCUCCACCAACUCAACUGGUUAAUUCUAGAUGACAAUCCCCUGAAAACUAUCACUGUGAACACAUUUACUGGCCUGAGGUCUCUCUUCUUCCUGUCAAUGGUGAACACCUCGCUCGAAAGGCUUCCUUCAUCCAGACUCUGCAGGCACAUGCCCUUUCUCAACUGGCUGGACUUUGAAGGAAACUGCAUUCAGAGGCUGAACUAUUCCACCCUGCUGUCCUGUGAUGAGCUCACGGUCCUAUCACUGCGAGCGAACCACAUCAAAAAGCUUCCGGAAAACACUUUUCAAUCUCUACAUGUGCUGGGAGAGUUGGACCUUUCUAGUAACCAAAUAAAAGAGCUGCCACUGGACAUCUUUAAGGGUCUGCAGUCUUUACAAAUACUGAAUCUUUCCCUAAACCCAAUGAACCACAUCCACCUGAGUCAGUUUGAUCAUCUCACGCAGCUCCAGUCACUGGGCCUGGAAGGAGUGGAGAUUCCAGACAUCCAGACCCGCAUGUUCCAGUCAAUGAAGAACCUCUCCUACAUAUACUUUAAGAAAUUUCAGUACUGCUCCUACGCGCCUCAUGUCCGGAAAUGUAAGCCCAACUCAGACGGCCUCUCGUCGUUUGAAGACCUCCUUGCGAGUGUAGUCCUCCGUGUCUCUGUCUGGGUCAUGGCCUUUGUCACCUGCUUUGGGAAUCUCUUUGUCAUUGGCAUGCGUACACUCAUCCGAGCAGAGAACAACCUGCAUGCCAUCUGCAUUAAGGUUUUGUGUUGUGCAGAUUGCCUGAUGGGUGUCUACCUUUUCUUUGUGGGCAUCUUUGAUGUAAAGUUCCGUGGAGAGUACAACAAGAAUGCUUACGUGUGGAUGGAGAGCCUUGAAUGCCGUACCAUCGGCUUUCUGGCCAUGCUGUCCUCCGAGGUGUCUGUCAUGCUCCUAACCUACCUGACCUUGGAGAAGUUUCUGGUCAUUGUGUUUCCACUGAGUCACCUAAGGCCAGGGAAAAGUCAGACAUUUAUUAUUUUGGCUGUGAUCUGGAUCAUUGGAAUCAUGAUCGCCGCCAUACCUCUGCUCAACGACGAGCUCUUUGGGAACUACUACGGCCGAAACGGCGUCUGCUUCCCUCUGCACUCUGAACGUCUAGAGAAACCUACAGCGAAGGGAUAUUCCACCGGCAUAUUUCUGGGACUCAACCUAGUAGCUUUCCUCAUCAUCGUCAUAUCCUACUCCAGCAUGUUUUACUCCAUCUACAAGACAGGUAUUAAUGCCACAGAGCUGCGCAGUCGUCUGCACAAAGACGUGGCUGUGGCCAACCGCUUCUUUUUCAUCGUGUUCUCUGAUGCCCUCUGCUGGAUCCCCAUAUUCCUGGUCAAGAUUCUCUCUCUGCUCGAGGUGGAGAUUCCAGGAACAAUCACAUCUUGGGUCGUAAUCUUCAUCCUGCCUAUCAACAGUGCCUUGAAUCCCAUCCUGUAUACCCUGACUACCAGCUUCUUCCGAGAGCAGGUAGAGCUAAUGCUGUGCCAGUGGCAAAGACACUCUACCCUCAGAAAGGAACGGAAGAGCUUAUCCAGCUCAGUCAUCGGCAUAGAAAAUUCACGACGUCCAUAUUGCACGCGUGACUUUGUGCCACGGACCUCCAUCUUAAACUUUAAUAGCAGUUUCAGAUGAAUAUGUAUUCUGUGAGAUUAUAAACUGAUGGAAAAGAGGUUUGGUUCCCCAAGUGACGUUUGGAGAUGUGCUGAUACUGUGCCUUGGCUUCAUUCUGCUUGACAUCGAUCUGCAUGUUGAUCUGAGAAAUGAAAGCCGGUAGUGGAUAUGUAGACAAAACUCACACAAGCGAAAGAAUGGAGAAGACUUGCUCUGGACAGACCACAACAUUACUAGACAUGAUAUUCAUGUACACAAAAUAUGUUUUACAGAGAUUCAGCUAUCAUUUUAUUGAACUCUGCUAGUUACCAAGCAACUAGCAUCUUACUGAGAAAAUAUUCUCCAGAAGACAUUUUUUACUGAUACCUCAUACGAGUUUCCCAUAGGCCUUGUAUUACCAUUAGAAAAGGCUACUAUGAAAUGUGUACCUUUAUUUAAAUGUUUAAAAUGAAAAGGUUCAUAACGGUGACAAAGUCACUAUUACAGGUGUGCUAAACAUUAAGAGUUUUUACCUCAUGCUCUCAACAUAUUAUAGUUAUUCGUUAGAAAUUAAAACAUGACACUGAUCCCACAACCAUUUUUUCAGGGUUUCUGGAAGUUUAAAGCAUAAGUUGAUUUCAAAAUUUCAAUAUUAUGUAAAAUUGUGACAUUAUUUUGACCACAUUGGGCUACCAUAU